AUCUAUUACUUACUUAGCUAGGAUCAGAGCUAGCUAACUCUAAUCCAUCACUUAAUCCGUAGUUAUUGUUUUAAUUAACGGAUUAAACAUAUAUAUACUUGAGGAUGAAGAUGGGAUUCUUGUUGCCUUGCAUGUUUUGCUUCAUGUUUGUGUUGGGAGUUGUUGAAGUCCAAGGCUCCCACAUUGUCUUGCAAAACCUUGAAGCUCUUCAGCCAGCUUUUCCCAACCAAACUUAUAGGACCUCUUUUCAUUUUCAGCCUCCUAAGAACUGGAUGAACGGUAUAGUAUAUAUCACUCUAUUACUACAAAAAAAAACGCGGGAUUGACAAGAAUUUUUUGCCGAGAUUUCUCAAAAUUGGCAGGGAUAUAUCAAAUCUGUGCUAAAAACAGUUUGACACGAGCUAUUUGGUACGAAAUCAUCGGGGGAUUGGUAAAUCCGUGCCAAAUCCGUGUCAAUCCCAUGAUUUUUUUGUAGUGCAUUUUAAUCUCCUACUAUACAUACCUAGCCACCCAAAUUCACACAUUGUUGAAUUUAAUAAAUUAUACACACAACUCGUUUCUAUUUUCAAGUUCAUGUUUGGACGCCAAACUCAGUGAUCUAGUGUCAUCAUUGUUGAUUUAUUCCCUCCUAAAGUGACAAGAUGUCACAUGUUCGAGCCCAUCUAGUCUUCCUUCCCACUCAAAGAGAUAAUUAGCAUUGGAUACUAUAGUGUAACUUAGAAGCUUUGCCCAAAAAAUGUUCAUGUUUUGACCAAUACGAAAUUCAUAUGCAUCUUUGGGGUAUAAUGCACCGAACCCUCUUUUGAUAUACUUCAUAUAAAUUUGGCUAAGUGUAUUAUAAUAUGUCCAAUCCCUGUGUAUUAUAAUUAUUCAUGUGCAAAAUCCCUUCCAAAGAUAUUCUAAUUUUUUUUAUGACCACAUACAUUUUAGCAUAGUCUCCAAUAUAUUAAAAUUUAAUUCAUCUUCGUUCAAUCUUUAAAAAACAAGAUUGAAAGGAAGAAGUAAUUAUUUAGAAGUGUAUUUUAUAAUUCAUGCUUUUAAUUUUAGUUUAGUUCUCUAUCACUAUGUUUCCUAUCAAUGUAAACUUGAAAAAAGUGCCUAUAUAUAUAGUUCAGUAGUUCUUUUGUUUGCAUGUAGCCGCAUAGGUGGGUUGGAGUCAAACUCUUUGCCUCUCAGUACUUUCCUUUGCAUGCAACCAAUUAAACGUGAUCUUACAUUUAUGCAUUGUCGCUAAUAAUUUUAUAUUUCUUUCAUGUGAUGCAUUGAUGCGGCGCUCGAUGACGAAUAACAAAUCGUACCUAUAUUAUGAAUAUUACAGAUCCAAAUGGUAAGUUGUUUAUUAGAAUCAUAUGCAUUAUGAUUAAUACUUUUUUGUAAUUUGAGGAUCUUUCCUGCGAAAAACACAUUUUCCCUCAAAAAUAUAACGGAAAAGAUGACACCAAUAACGGAUGCCGAAAAUUAAAGUACUUUUUAGUGAAAAAGUUCUUCAAUUGCAAAGAUGUAGUAGUUACUGAACUAAAUUUGCAAGUGAGAAAAGUCACAGUAAGACUAAUAACGGUCAUAACCAACUUACACGACAAAAUUGUAAAUCCCCCAAAUUUCUAUAUUUUUAUUUAUAGAUUGGUGAUGUUAAUUUAACAUUGGUGAUGAUCGCUAUAGGGCCUAUGGUUUACAAAGGUGUAUACCAUUUAUUCUAUCAAUACAACCCAAAAGGUGCAGACUUUGGCAAAAUAUCAUGGGGACACUCCACUUCAAAAGACCUAGUAAAUUGGAGAGCUCAUAUCCCUGCAAUAUCUCCAUCUCAACCGGCUGACAUCAACGGUGCAUGGUCCGGCUCGGCUACCAUCCUCCCCGGAGGUAAGCCUGCCUUGCUAUACACCGGACACGAUUCAAGACACCGCCAGGUCCAAAACAUGGCGGUGCCCAAAAACCCAUCUGACCCAUAUCUCCAAGAAUGGGUCAAAUCUCCCAGAAACCCAUUGAUCGCGCCAACGCGCUUCAACAAGAUCAACGCGACGUCGUUUAGGGACCCCACCACCGCAUGGCAAGGCAGUGAUGGCAAUUGGAGAAUCCUCAUUGGCAGUAAAGUGGACCGGCGCGGGUUAGCAAUCAUGUACAUGAGUAAGGAUUUUGUUCAUUGGGUGCAGGCCAAACACCCCCUUCAUUCAGCUGAAGGAACAGGGAUGUGGGAGUGUCCAGACUUUUACCCGGUUUCGACUAGCCCAACGGGCUUGGACACGUCAUCAUUAGGUUUGGGGAUCAAACAUGUGUUGAAGGUGAGCCUUGAUGACACAAGGCACGAAUACUACACCAUCGGGACAUACGAUCAUGCCCGGGAUAGGUAUAUCCCAGACAAGGGAUCUGUGGAGAGUGAUUUUGGGUUGAGAUAUGACUAUGGUAAGUUUUACGCCUCAAAGUCUUUCUAUGACAACCUAAAGGGCAGGAGAAUCCUUUGGGGUUGGAUAAAUGAAUCCUUGCCAAGCACCGAAUAUGUUAAACAAGGAUGGUCAGGGGUUCAGGGAAUUCCAAGAAGUGUUUGGCUAGACAAAACUAGAAAACAACUGGUUCAGUGGCCUGUUCAAGAAAUCGAAACAAUGCGCGGGAAUAGGGUUGAGAUGCAUAGUAUUUUGCUCAAGCAAGGGUCUUCUCAAACUGAAGUUUCUGGAAUCAAAGCCACACAAGCAGAUGUUGAAGUAACAUUUCGAGUAUCAGAUUUUAGAAAGGCAGAAAAGAUGGAGCCCGGAUGGACAAACCCUCAGGAUUUAUGUAGUCAGAAGGGAGCAUCCAUAAGAGGAGGAAUAGGGCCUUUUGGCUUGAAGGUUUUAGCUUCCAAGGAUGGCCAAGAAUACACUGCUGUGUUCUUUCGAGUUUUCAGAGGACACAACAAUACUUUUGUCGUGCUUAUGUGCAGCGAUCAAAGCAGAUCUUCGCUAAAUAAAAACACUGACAAGACAAGCUAUGGUGCAUUUGUGGAUAUAAAUCCGGUGCAGCAAGAGUUAUCAAUCAGGGCAUUGAUUGACCAUUCGAUAGUGGAGAGCUUUGGUGCAAAAGGAAAGGUGUGCAUUACGUCAAGGGUUUAUCCCACAAAGGCUGUUGGUGACAAGGGACACUUGUUUGCAUUCAACAACGGUGUCCAGCCCAUUCAACUCACCAAACUCACUGCUUGGUCCAUGAAAAACCCAACCAUCAACUGAUGAUCCAUUAAUUAUUACCGUAGUGUAUCUUAUUUUAAUUCCUCCUAAGUAUCAAUAACUCUUGUUUAAUUUUUAUUUAUUUAUGUGCGUGCCUUAAUUGUACCAUGUUAUUAUGUCAUGUUAAAUAAACUAUUACCCUCUACCUUUUUAUUCUAUUCCGUUUGAAGCCCUAUAUUUGUCGACGAAAAGAUCAAUAAAGUAAUAAAACGGGAAGAGAAAAAAUAUAAAUGGGCCUUGGACGACGGGCUUGCUUCUAUUGUGAUCACAAGGCAGACUAAAAUUUGGGCUGAAAAUCAUACGGAGAACAGAAUAAGUUGGGGGUAUUUGGGUCAUUUCAUCGCCUUAAAACAGCGCAACUGCCCGCAAGUGCCCGCAACGCAAUCUGGAGAGAGUUUUUAAUUUUCUUCUUCUCGGUUUGGUCAACGAUGGAAAGCAAGCGGCGACCUCCGUAGAGAAGGGGUAUCAGCGGUGGCACGGUCGGCGAUGGGGACUGCGCUAGGCGAUGGUGAUUGACGGUGGAUAAGAUCUACUUCUUCUCCUUGGUCCAUACGAAUAUCUCUGUAACGAGGCUUCCAUGGACGAAUAUCUCCUUGGAUUUCCGGCGCUGUUGCCUGCUGCGUUAGUUCUUGUUUGGUCCUUGUUUACAAGAAGAUCACAAAGAUGCGAUGGGGAGGCUCGACUGGCUGGUCAACUCAAUUUUGACCUGGGUUGACUUUUUUGAUCGCGCACUUCCAUUCUAAUUUGAAUCUCCAAUCCGAAAGAUUAUCGGGUCCCGACUUGAAAGAGCACUUGAGAGGAUCAGAAAGAUUCUCGGGUCCCGACUUGAAAGAGCACUUGAGAGGACGUAAAUCAUAGUGCCUAAAGCAACUCUAAUGGUGGUGAAUCUUAUAUCGUGCGUGCGCACAAGAGGUUCAGUCCAGUUCACAUGUGAUGUGAACUCUAUACGAUCCCACAAAGUUUCAAUUCUUGAUUAUUCUCCAAUUUUCU